CCGCCGGAGGUUUUGGAGCGCUGAAUUCGCUGAGGUCCGCGACUCGUCGCUAAGAUUCCCGAAAACAGAGAUUUCAAGAAAAUUCACCCUUUCCACUUUCUUUAGCGUCCUUCAACUGUGAAGGAUAUGAAGGUUGAGAACCUGGAAUCCGCUUCCAAAGACCAAGCCCUUUCUCUGUGCCUCACAGCAGUCUUGCGCUGUAGCUGUUUUUAUUAUCCCCAUUUUACUACGGGGAAGGAAAUUUGAGGCCCUGAAAGUGACUUGCUGGACGGCACUUAGCGGAGGAGAUGGCGAAAACCUGGAUCAGAGACGAUGCCUUUUAACUCCCAGCGUGGACUUGCCUCCUUUCCUGGAGGUGACUGAAUGAUUCAGUAUUUUAGGGCACUACUGCUGCCCAGCCAGGGACGCGACAUCUCUGGCCCGCAGAAAUACGGCCUCCCCGCCGACAGGGAAAAGGGGGCCCCGGCGGGCAAGGAGGCAUUCGCGGGCGAGUAGGGCGUGGGUGCGGGGGCUGGAGCCGGAGCCUUGGCCCGCCCCCGGGCGGCGCUGUGAUUGGCCGGCCGCUCCGGCGACCGUCGCGAUUGGCCCUCCUGCAGCCGUUGCAAUUUGAACUCGGUAUUUGUGGCUUUGCCCGCGCGUUGCCAGACUAAGAGGCGGGCCUUUGCCUCUGCCUGCCGGGGAUUGGCCGGUUUCUCCGCCAACUUGAAAACUGCCUCGCUGAUUGGUGUGUGUUGUGCACGCGUCUUUUUUCCUGUUCAUUUCAGCCCGACUGCUGGAGUCAGAGGAUCCGCGGGUGAGAUCCCCAGCCCUGUGAGCCCGUAGGAGAAGAUGGCCCCCCAGAUAUAUGAGUUCCAUCUGCCAUUAUCCCCAGAGGAGUUGUUGAAAAGUGGAGGGGUGAAUCAGUAUGUUGUGCAAGAGGUACUGUCCAUCAAACAUCUUCCACCACAGCUUAGAGCAUUUCAAGCUGCCUUCCGAGCUCAGGGGCCCCUGGCUAUGCUGGAGCACUUUGAUACUAUCUACAGCAUUUUACAUCACUUUCGAAGUAUAGAUCCUGGCCUCAAAGAAGAUACUCUGGAAUUCCUGAUAAAAGUGGUAUCCCGCCACUCCCAGGAGCUUCCAGCUAUCCUGGAUGAUACAACCUUGAGUGUAUCAGAUCGAAAUGCUCAUCUAAAUGCCCUCAAAAUGAACUGCUAUGCUCUGAUACGACUCUUGGAAUCCUUUGAGACCAUGACCAGCCGGACAAACCUCAUGGACCUGGACCUUGGGGGGAAGGGUAAGAAAGCUCGGACCAAGGCAGCCCAUGGCUUUGACUGGGAAGAAGAGAGGCAACCAAUUCUUCAGCUUUUAACACAGCUACUUCAGCUGGACAUCCGUCACCUGUGGAACCACUCAAUAAUUGAAGAAGAAUUUGUCAGUUUGGUUACUGGCUGUUGCUACCGCCUUCUGGAGAAUCCCACUAUUAGUCACCAGAAGAACCGCCCCACUCGGGAAGCCAUAACACACCUGCUUGGUGUAGCCCUGACCCGUUACAACCAUAUGCUCAGUGCCACGGUGAAGAUCAUCCAGAUGCUGCAGCACUUUGAACACCUGGCAUCUGUACUGGUCACAGCUGUGAGUCUAUGGGCAACUCACUAUGGAAUGAAGAGCAUAGUGGGAGAGAUUGUAAGAGAGAUUGGACAAAAGUGUCCCCAAGAGUUGAGUCGAGAUCCUGCAGGGACAAAGGGCUUUGCAGCAUUCCUGACAGAAUUAGCAGAACGUGUCCCAGCUAUCCUGAUGUCUAACAUGUGCAUUUUGCUAGAUCACCUGGAAGGAGAGAAUUACAUGAUGCGUAAUGCUGUGCUGGCAGCCAUGGCAGAGAUGGUACUGCAGGUUCUGAAUGGCGAUCAGCUGGAGGAAGCAGCCCGAGACACCAGAGACCAGUUCCUGGAUACUUUACAAGCCCACGGCCAUGAUGUCAACUCCUUUGUGCGGAGCCGUGUUUUGCAGCUCUUCACCCGAAUUGUCCAGCAGAAGGCUCUCCCCCUGACACGUUUCCAGGCAGUGGUGGCUUUAGCUGUGGGACGUCUGGCAGACAAGUCAGUGCUAGUCUGUAAAAAUGCCAUCCAGCUGCUGGCCAGUUUUCUAGCCAAUAAUCCUUUUUCCUGCAAGCUUAGUGAUACUGACCUUGCUGGACCACUGCAGAAGGAGACCCAGAAAUUGCAGGAGAUGAGGGCCCAGAGGCGAACUGCAGCUGCUUCUGCAGUGCUGGACCCAGAGGAGGAGUGGGAAGCCAUGCUGCCAGAGUUGAAGUCUACCCUGCAGCAGCUUCUCCAGCUUCCCCAGGGAGAGGAGGAGAUUCCUGAGCAAAUUGCCAAUACAGAGACCACUGAAGAGGUGAAAGGACGCAUCUAUCAACUGCUUGCCAAGGCUAGUUACAAACAGGCCAUCAUUCUCACUCGAGAAGCCACAGGACACUUCCAGGAGUCCGAGCCCUUCAGUCAUGUAGACUCAGAGGGGUCAGAGGAGACCAGGCUCUUGAAUAUCUUAGGAAUUAUCUUCAAAGGCCCAGCAGCUUCCACACAAGAAAAGAAUCCCCGGGAGUCUACAGGAAACAUGGUCACAGGACAGACUGUCCGUAAAAACAAACCCAGUGUGUCAGAGCCUGAGGAAUCGAGGAGGAAUGACGAACUGGUGAAGCAGGAGAUGCUGGUACAGUAUCUGCAGGAUGCCUACAGCUUCUCCCGGAAGAUUACGGAGGCCAUUGGCAUCAUCAGCAAGAUGAUGUAUGAAAACACAACUACAGUGGUGCAGGAGGUGAUUGAAUUCUUUGUGAUGGUCUUCCAAUUUGGGGUGCCCCAGGCCCUGUUUGGGGUGCGCCGCAUGCUGCCUCUCAUCUGGUCUAAGGAGCCUGGUGUCCGGGAAGCUGUGCUUAAUGCCUACCGCCAACUCUACCUCAAUCCCAAAGGGGACUCUGCCAGAGCCAAAGCCCAGGCUUUGAUUCAGAAUCUCUCUCUGCUGCUAGUGGAUGCCUCGGUUGGGACCAUUCAGUGUCUUGAGGAAAUUCUCUGCGAGUUUGUGCAGAAGGACGAGGUGAAACCGGCAGUGACCCAGCUGCUGUGGGAACGGGCCACCGAGAAGGUCGCCUGCUCUCCUCUGGAACGCUGUUCCUCUGUCAUGCUUCUCGGCAUGAUGGCACGAGGAAAGCCAGAAAUUGUGGGAAGCAAUUUAGACACACUGGUGAGCAUAGGGCUGGAUGCAGAGUUUCCACAGGACUACAGGCUGGCGCAGCAGGUAUGCCAUGCCAUUGCCAACAUCUCCGACAGGAGAAAGCCUUCUCUGGGCAAACGUCACCCCCCCUUCCGGCUGCCUCAGGAACACAGGUUGUUUGAGCGACUGCAGGAGACGGUCACAAAAGGCUUUGUCCACCCAGACCCACUCUGGAUCCCAUUCAAAGAGGUGGCAGUGACCCUCAUUUACCAGCUGGCAGAGGGCCCCGAAGUGAUCUGUGCCCAGAUAUUGCAAGGCUGUGCAAAACAGGCUCUGGAGAAGCUAGAAGAGAAAAGAACCAGUCAGGAGGACCCGAAGGAGUCCCCCGCAAUGCUCCCCACUUUCAUGUUGAUGAACCUGUUGUCCCUGGCGGGGGAUGUGGCUCUGCAGCAGCUGGUCCACUUGGAGCAGGCAGUGAGUGGAGAGCUUUGUCGGCGCCGAGUUCUCCGGGAAGAACGGGAACACAAGACCAAAGAUCCCAAGGCGAAGAAUGCAAGCUCUGAGACCACCAUGGAGGAGGAGCUGGGGCUGGUUGGAGCAACGGCAGAUGACACGGAGACAGAGCUGAUCCGCGGCAUCUGCGAGAUGGAACUGUUGGAUGGCAAGCAGACCCUGGCUGCCUUCGUUCCACUCUUGCUUAAAGUCUGCAACAACCCAGGCCUCUACAGCAACCCUGACCUCUCUGCAGCUGCUGCACUUGCCCUUGGCAAGUUCUGCAUGAUCAGUGCCACCUUCUGUGACUCCCAGCUUCGUCUUCUGUUCACCAUGCUAGAAAAGUCUCCACUUCCCAUUGUCCGGUCUAACCUCAUGGUUGCCACUGGGGAUCUGGCCAUCCGCUUUCCCAAUCUGGUGGAUCCCUGGACUCCUCAUCUAUAUGCUCGCCUCCGGGACCCUGCUCAGCAAGUGCGGAAAACAGCGGGGCUGGUGAUGACCCACCUGAUCCUCAAGGACAUGGUGAAGGUGAAGGGGCAGGUGAGCGAGAUGGCGGUGCUGCUCAUCGACCCCGGGCCUCAGAUUGCUGCCCUGGCCAAGAACUUCUUCAACGAGCUCUCCCACAAGGGCAACGCAAUCUAUAAUCUCCUUCCAGAUAUCAUCAGCCGCCUGUCAGACCCUGAGCUGGGGGUGGAGGAAGAGCCUUUCCACACCAUCAUGAAGCAGCUCCUCUCCUACAUCACCAAGGACAAGCAGACAGAGAGCCUGGUGGAAAAGCUGUGUCAGCGAUUCCGCACAGCCCGAACUGAGCGGCAGCAGCGGGACCUGGCCUACUGUGUGUCACAGCUGCCCCUCACAGAGCGAGGCCUCCGCAAGAUGCUUGACAAUUUUGACUGCUUUGGAGACAAACUGUCAGAUGAGUCCAUCUUCAGUGCUUUUUCGUCAGUUGUGGGCAAGCUGCGACGUGGGGCCAAGCCUGACGGCAAGGCUAUAAUAGAUGAAUUUGAGCAGAAGCUUCGGGCCUGUCAUACCAGAGGUUUGGAUGGAAUUGAGGAGCUUGAGAUUAGCCAAGCAGGUAGCCAGAGAGCCCCGUCAGCCAAGAAAUCAUCCACUGUUUCUAGGCACCAGCCUCUGCCUUCUGCAGCCUCAGACAGUGACUUUGUCACACCACAGCCCCGCCGUAGUACCCGGCGCCACCCAAACACGCAGCAGCGAGCUUCCAAAAAGAAACCCAAAAUUGUCUUCUCAAGUGAUGAGUCCAGUGAGGAAGAUCUUUCAGCAGAGAUGACAGAAGAGGAGACACCCAAGAAAACGACCCCCAUUCUCAGAGCAUCGGCUCGCAGGCUCAGAUCCUAGGAGUGGCCUUGCCCAUUCCUGACCUCCCUGUGCAGGGUAUCUUGUACGGUGACCUGGAAUUCUAAUUCUGUGCCCCUUGUAAAAUACUUGUCUGUCUCCUUUUU